AAUACCGACCAUCACUCCACCUCCUCUAUUUCAUUUCAUUGUUUUGUUGUUUCACACUCACCACUCACACCACAAAGUUGUGGUUUAUAUGCAUCCAUUCUAAUCCACUCCACCCCAUUGGUGUGUCUCACACCAAUCUUCUUCUUCUUCUUCUCUCUCUCUUAUUUUUCCAUGGCGGCAAAACUUUCCACCGCCACAACCUUAAAGCCCUACAAUCUCAUCCAAACAUCAACUUCUUCCCCUAAAACACCCCCAACAAUAUUCUUCACCCCCUUAACACCCCCAACAAUAUUCUUCACCCCCUUAACAAGCUUUCGUCAUAAAACACUCCUUCAAACCCAUAGAAGAUCAAGAACAACACCCUUCACCGUUUGUGUUCUGAUGGAGGAUCCAAAACACACAACCCAAAUAGACACAGAAGAAAAAACAGAACUUCCUAAUAAUAAACCCAACCCUCAAUUUUCAGUAUCACAAAAACUGGCAAGAAAGAAGUCACAGAGGUCCACUUACCUUGUUGCCGCUGUAAUGUCUAGCUUUGGUGUUACCUCUAUGGCAAUCUUAGCAGUUUAUUAUAGAUUUUCUUGGCAAAUGGAGGGUAGUGGAGAAGUUCCAUGGUCUGAAAUGUUUGGCACAUUUGCCCUCUCAGUGGGUGCUGCUGUGGGUAUGGAGUUUUGGGCAAGAUGGGCUCAUGAGGUUCUAUGGCAUGCUUCCUUGUGGCACAUGCAUGAGUCACAUCAUCGACCAAGAGAAGGUCCAUUUGAGCUUAAUGAUGUUUUUGCAAUAAUUAACGCUGUCCCUGCAAUUGCUCUUCUCUCAUACGGUUUUUUCAACAAGGGAUUGUUUCCUGGACUCUGUUUUGGUGCAGGUCUUGGAAUUACAGUGUUUGGGAUUGCUUACAUGUUUGUCCAUGAUGGAUUGGUUCAUAAGAGAUUCCCUGUGGGUCCUAUUGCUAAUGUGCCUUACUUUACAAGGGUUGCUGCUGCUCAUCAACUUCAUCAUUCAGACAAAUUCAAAGGAGUGCCAUACGGGCUCUUUUUGGGCCCAAAGGAAGUUGAAGAGGUAGGAGGACUAGAAGAGCUGGAGAAAGAGAUAAGUAGAAGAACAAGAUCAUAUACUGGUUCAUGACAAAUGAAUAGUAUUAUAGUUGUUUUAAAGAAUUUUGAGUAUGAAGAGCAAUUCAAUUCAAUUAAUGAAGUGAUUGAAUGUGAGUGUUAA